AUGAUUAGAGGAUUUGAAACAAGGAUUUCUGAGCCUUGUCCUUUAUUUGGAUCAGCUGAACUAACUUCUUCUGAACCUCAAACAACUCAAGUCACUCCACAAAAAUCUGAUAAGUCUAUUAAUUGUUUUGAUCUUAGUCAUUCAAAUCCCCAAAGAGUAUCACUUGUAAGAAGUCGUUCUGUUGUUCUUACAGAUGAAAUAAUAAGACCGAUUACACCUGUAAGAAGUUCACAUCCAUGUAGUAUUGGAAAAAUUUCAACAAAAUUUUUCUCAAGAGUUGGAUUUAAAACCCUUUCUCCUUAUGAUUUGAAUCAAUUAAUUAAUUCAUCGAAAUUAGAUGAAUUAUUUAUUGUUGAUGUAAGAUAUCCAUAUGAAUUUAAUGGAGGUCAUGUAAGAUAUUCUAUGAAUAUAGCAACUGACGUUACAUUAUAUAAAGAAUUAAAUAAAUUAUUUGAAAUUAACCAUUCAAAAAAAAUUAUUUUGAUUGCUUAUUGUGAAUUUUCUCAAACAAGAGCUCCAAGUCUUCUCAAAGAAUUAAGGCAUACCAUUGGAAAUAAACUAAUUGACAUUUUUCUUGUUGAAGGUGGGUAUGAAAGAAUAUUUGAAGAAUAUCCAUCUUUAUGUGAGGGUGGAUAUAUUCAAAUGAAUGACCCUCGAUAUUUUGAAGAAUUUAUUUAUUAUUCAAGAAUAUAUUCCCACUCCACUACCCAUCAUUCCGCUACUCGAAAACAUUUUCUUCAAGGAAAAACCCUUUCUUUUUGA